CCGGGGAUUCAGGGCUCAAAAAAGCUUUAGUCGGCAAAUCCAAUGGUGUCUCCGUAAUAAUACAAAUGCACAGACAACCAUACAAAUAGUAUUUACUGUUCAAAUUCAGAUAUAUAUACAUACGUGCACCUAAUUUUGUUAGGUUUAGGUAGAAAAAAUCUCACCCAAAACCACACUUUCAAGACACUCUAACGUCACUACAUGCUUUCUGACAUCAGAUCUGAAGAAACUGAAGGUUAGCGUGGUGAUAGUAGAUAAAUCUGGUAGCGAUUUUGUUCUGCUCAGAUCUGAUGGUUGAAAAGAGGAUCUAAGAUCUGUAGUCAUUUUACAGCAUUUCAGAACUCCAGUAUGAAUCUUUGACCUCUGUUGUUUCUUGUUAGAUCUUUAGGUUUGUUGAUAAGAUAGUUAGUUACAGUGGAUUUUGAUUGAAUUGGUUAUUUGAGUCGGUUGGAAGAUGAUUGUUGUUGCUCAGCAUAGGAAUCAGUUCUAUGGGAGAAGCAGGGUACAACAUGGCCCUGCUCGAUUUGGGUCAUUUGGUUCACCUCCUUCUGGUAGGUGCAGGGAGGAAAAUUACCGGGCUUUCGAGUCUAAACAUGUCAUUAAACAGGCUGCUUCGGGUUCCUUGUCUCCCAAGACACGAUCACCUUUAACAUCUGUGCCUGUUAAUACUGUGAAGUCUCACUCUGAAGGUCAAACGAAAUCGAGAAAACCAGCCAGAAGUAGCAUGAUUCCGAUACCAAUUAAUCUCAAAGUGGAUAUUGGUUCUAGCAAUGAGGAUUCUUUGAAUGAUGAAUUUACUGAACUGUGGGCGGGGCCAGCUUAUUCAAAUUCUCCUCCCCCUAGUUCUUUGCCCAUGCCCAAGUUUUCUCUCAGGCCUAAAAGGACUGUCUCUCUUGAAUUGCCUGCUUCAGCAUCUGAUAUUAAUUUGCGUCCCAUGGCCAAGUCCGCUCCUGCAUCCCCAACCAGGGAGCACAGCCCUUCUCCAGGAAUCGUAUUUGUCAGUACUGACUCUGCCACGCAGACUCUUCGUCGUAUCCUCAAUCUCAAAAUUACAGAUUGAUGAAUGUGUGGUGGGAGUGUUGAAUAGCAGCUAAGUAGGGGAUAGUGUAGUUUGAAUUUGGUAGUACUAGUAGAUUUGUGUAAAUCGUGAAUAAAGAAGUCUUUAGAUUGACUUUGUGUUAGUUGCUUAGCAUUUGUCGUUGUGGAGAGCAGCUUAAGCUCAGUGGUGAAGCUUCAACAGCUGUUAAUUGUGGUUGGUUUAAGGGAAGUGCAAUAUGAGCAUUGGCAGGUUGGUCAACUCUCUCCAGGUUGCUUCAAAGUUCAUGCAUUUAUGUGUCGACGUGGUUAAAUUCUAUGGGGUUCAAGAUCUUGGAAGUAUGCAUGCUUGUGCAUACAUCAGUGGAUGAAGAAGCUGGGUGUUGAGUGGGAAUCUCCUGUUGCAGUAAUUGAUAGAUAGCUUUGCAGUCCUUUGUGGGGUUGCAGAACUGUUGGUCAACUCGUUGAUGCUAUAGAGAUAACAUCUAACCAUCAAUUUUCAUUCUUGAUACUAGUUCUCAUAGGAUUGUUCAUUCUUUGCUUCUUCAUGUUACUUUAGAUCUUCUGUUUAUCAGAGAUAUUGUAUAUAUCUUAGACCCUACCAGAUUAGAUAGCUGCAACUUGGAUUUCUGUUUUAUUCUGUUACCAAACUCUUAGCCCUUCCAUUCAAUCUUGCAUCCUAACCAUCUCCAUCUCCUUGUAGUAUAUCAGUGUCUGCCUAAAUUGGCUGGUCAUCACCCCGUUACCUGUAUUCUUGUCAUUUUUACUUCUUUACUUUGAAUAGGAUCUAAUUCCUACUUCUUCCCCUUGACCAUUUUUCUGUUUUUUGGAAUGAAAAUUGGUAAGGGGAAUUAAUAGUUAGUUCUAUCCUUUCACCUCCUGGUCUUUGGUAUCUUCUCUUUUAGCUUUCCUCUUGUGAGUCCAAUUAUGCAUGUUAAGUGGUUUAUCCCACCUUCUCUCAGCUAAAUUCCAUUUGCUCUGGAGAUUGUUGAUCACCUAGCUAUUCAUAAGUGCUUUUUUGUUUGAGCUGUUGGAAGAAGAUAGUUGAAGAGGCUCCUUAUCAUUGUUGAAGAUGAUCUCCUCCAUGCUUUCUCGGUGGUAGCAUUGCUGGUUAUGUUUCGUUUCAGUUUUUUUAUGGCACACUUCAGUCUAUAGUAGCUUUCUUUUGACAAAACUGGUACUAUGAAGUAAUCUAGUUAUAUCAUGUUUUAGGUUUUGGAGCUCUUACUUUUGUCAUUGUACUAAGCAAUGCCGUCUUGCUUUUAAUCUAGCAGUUUGAUAAAGACUAGUUUCAUUCGUUUGCCUUCCGAAGUGUAUGCCGCUGCUACGACGUACUAAUAUUUUACUUGGCUCUCCUCUUCUGGAGUUGGAAUUUUUUUAAUCA